AUGCUCACCGCAUACCUCCUCCUCGCCGGUCUCAUAUCCGCCACCUACUCUCAGCUUGUAUACCUCGCCUGCUGGCAGGCCAGGUUUCCAGCUCAUCUUCCCCUUCUGUUUAUCACCUGCACAUUCCUCCUCACCCUCUCCGCCGUCGUGAUCGUCUUCAUAGGCCCUCUCAUCUUCCAUCUAGCCCUCUUCGCCUCCCAAUCCGCUAGAUACGCCACGACACAUACUAUACUACACACUAUUCGCCAUCUGUCGGUCUUCGCCAACCUUGCGUAUUGCCUAAUUCGGAUCACAGCACAUCUCGCCAUCGAUCGCGCAACUACCGCUCUGGCCAUCGCCCGUGUACGCGCACAAGCUACCUACGUCUCAGUCCUCGCCUCCUCCAAAGCAGCAUAUGUGAAGGUUCUCGCCGUCCGACAUCUCACUGCCAUCUCUAUCAAGGACUUCCUCACCCGUCUGGUUGACCGUUCGGUUUCUCUCAUCGCCGCCUCUAUCCUCUUGUGUGGUCGCCGCAUCAUCACACUCUUCCUUACUCUUCUCUUGUCUUGCAUCCGACCUCUCCGUCUCCUCUCGUCUGUCUCACUUCGUGUAUCCGCCCGGGUCCUAGUCCUCGCUACACCCACCGCCCUUCAUGUUGUACGUCUCACUUGGAUUACUCUGGCAACGCCUCUCAGGAUCAUCCUCUGCCAUAUCACCGGCCCCAUCGUCUGUCUCGCCUCUCGUAUUCUAUCUCUGGCGUUUGUCUACAUCCUAUCUACCAGUUUCCGUCUCGCGUGCCUCGUCACUCCUUCAGUUACACCUAUCCUCUUGCGCUGCGCCAUCUAUGUGGUGGUCCCCGGACUCUUGUGCCUUCUCCGCCUCUCCUGUGUCAUCCUUUCUGCCCUUUCUAAGGGGAUGUUCAUUGGAUUACAGAUGUACUUGCAGUAUAUGUUGCAGCCCAAUGAUUCAUGCGACACUUCGAUUCGAUUCCGCACCCUCUGCCCCUCUUCUUGCAGGCCACUCGCUCUUGCAGAGCGCUCCCAACGUAUCUCCGACCAAAUCGUAUGCCAUACCUCCCCAGAAACGCUUCGCCUCGAUUGCUCCAUCUCCUCUUCAACCGUCACCAGCAUGACCGCGGACGAGACGCUCUGCGACAUCCCAGCGCAAUGCGACAUCACUCUCGAGACCUUCGAACACAAGCUCUCCAUCUAG